AGCCCAAAUGCGAUCAGAAUGUACGAGUGGUUCGAUGAUCCCAAGGAUGUGAUCGUGAUUAUGGAGUACCCUAAGCCCUGCAAAAGCUUGUUGGAUUUUGUCAUAGAACACUCAUGUCCACUGAGUGAAGACACAGCACGUGUUUUAAUGCGUCAAGCAGUACAGGGGGUAAUCGACUGCAUUGACCACGGCGUCUUUCACAAUGACAUCCAUCUAGGCAACAUGCUGGUCAACACGAGCACAUUAGAGCUCAAGUUGAUUGACUUCGGUUGUGGUCAGUUGUUCUCUCCUGCUGGCUACAAGACCAAAAAGUAUCGAGGAGUACCAAGUUACUGCCCACCCGAGGUCUUAUGCAACUCCAGAUAUCACGCCCUCCCUACAAACGUCUGGUGUUUAGGUUUGGUUCUGUAUAAAAUGGUCAAUGGGUGUAUAUGGAUGCCAUAUGUCCAAUCAGAGGAAGUCCAUUUUUGGAAUACCAGCUUAUCGGAAGGUGAGUAAGGAAUUAGUGAGAGAAACGCACACAUAAAUCUCUGAGAGUGUCACAUGGAGUAACAGAAGCCGAAUAUAAGACAUCGGAGGUUUAAUCUUAUAGUAGCAAUAUUAUUUGUCAUGUAUAAGU